AUGAAUUUCCGCAACCUCUUCCUCUCCCUUUUCCUGGUCUUUGCGGUCAGCUUCGCCCUGGUCCAGGCCGAAGAUGCCAAGAAGGAACCUCGUGGUCCCAAGAUCACCAACAAGGUCUUCUUCGAUAUUAACCAUGGCGAUGAGUCCAUGGGCCGGAUUGUCAUGGGUCUUUAUGGAAAGACUGUCCCCGAGACCGCUGAGAACUUCCGCGCUCUGGCUACCGGUGAGAAGGGCUUUGGUUAUGAGGGCUCCACUUUCCACCGUGUGAUUAAGGACUUCAUGAUUCAGGGAGGUGACUUCACCAACCAUGACGGCACUGGUGGCAAGUCUAUCUAUGGUAACAAGUUCAAGGACGAGAACUUCAAGCUUCGCCACACCAAGAAGGGUCAACUGAGCAUGGCCAACGCUGGCAAGGACACCAACGGCUCGCAGUUUUUCAUCACUACGAUCAUCACCUCGUGGCUCGAUGGCCGUCACGUUGUCUUUGGUGAGGUCCUUGAGGGCUACGACAUUGUCGACAAGAUCCAGAACGUCGACAAGGCCCGUGGUGACAAGCCCUCGACCCCCAUCACGAUCGUGAAGAGUGGCGAGCUGAAGUUUGAGGCUGAAGCUGAGGAUGUCGAGGCCGAAGAUAAAGGUAGCCGCGACGAACUCUAA